AUGAUGUCAAGUCAAGGCGGUACUUCUCGAAAGAGCGUUUCGUUGACGAAUAGCCCUACGCGGGGAAGGAGGAAAGCUUAUAAGCAUGAGUUUAGUGCUCGCAAAUACAACACGUCACCGCGCGCCACCACGGGAGAGAGAACUGUGAAAUCAUUGCGGCUUUCAAAGGCAUUGACAGUUCCUGAAACAACAACCAUCUAUGAAGCUUGUCGUAGGAUGGCUGCACGCAAAGUAGAUGCUUUAUUACUAACUGAUUCCAAUGCUUUGCUCUGUGGAAUCCUCACUGACAAGGAUAUAGCAACAAGAGUUAUUGCCCGUGAGAUGAAUCUCGAAGAAACAACUGUUUCCAAGGUUAUGACAAGGAAUCCAGUGUUUGUUCUUUCUGACACUCUUGCUGCGGAAGCCCUCCAGAAGAUGGUGCAAGGGAGGUUUAGACAUUUACCUGUGGUGGAGAAUGGAGAAGUUAUUGCCAUUCUUGACAUAGCAAAGUGUUUGUAUGAUGCCAUUGCCCGUAUGGAAAGGGCUGCUGAGAAGGGAAAGGCAAUUGCAGCAGCUGUUGAAGGAAUCGAAAAACACUGGGGAACAUCUCCUUCUGCUUCUGGCUCCAAUUCGUCAUUCAUUGAGACUCUUCGCGAGCAGAUAUUUAAGCCAUCUUUGUCUACAAUUAUUCCUGAGAAUUCAAAGGUAGUAACAGUCUCACCAACGGACUCAGUUUUGACAACAACAAAGAAGAUGCUUGAACUCCGUGCAAGUUCUGCUGUUGUGACAGUUGAUGGCAAACCUCGUGGUAUCCUUACUUCACAGGAUAUCUUGAUGCGGGUAAUAGCACAAGGUCUUCCACCAUCUUCAACUCUUGUUGAGAAGGUCUUGACUCCAAAUCCAGAAUGGGGAACAAUUGAUACGCCAAUUGUCGAUGCCCUUCACACGAUGCAUGAUGGAAAGUUUUUGCAUCUUCCUGUGGUUGAUAGAGAUGGCUGUGUUAUUGCUAUGGUUGACGUGAUUCAUAUCACUCACGCGGCCGUGGCGACAGCUAGUCAGGUUGGAAAUAUUGCCAAUUUGAACAAUGAAGCUGCCAACUCCGUGAUACAAAAAUUUUGGGAUUCGGCCAUGGCUUUAACUCCAAAUGAUGAUGAAGACGAUUCACAUAGCGACAGUUCCUUGAAAAUGAUAUCAGAGGGAGAAACAGUGGGAUCCAUUUCUUAUCUUGCGUCAAACGUGCCGAACUCAUUUUCCUUCAAAAUACAAGAUAAGAAGGGCAGAUUGCAUCGGUUCGCAAGCGAUACUCGGAGCUUGGCAGAGGUUAUAACUUCCAUAGUUCAGAGAGUCGGUGAUGAUAUUGACCCCAAGAACUUGCCCCAAAUUUUGUAUGAGGAUGAAGAACAUGAUAAAGUUGUGCUGGCUUCAGACAGUGAUCUAACUGCAGCUGUGGAUCACGCGAAGACAGCUGGUUUGAAGGGAUUGAGAUUGCACUUAGACUACCCUGGAGCGCGUGAUUAUGGAACUGAUUCUAGUUCGGGGAAUUUGGAAAAUGCUAGUUCAGAAGCAUGGUCCUCAGCAUACAGCGCAGCUGCUGCUGGAGCUGCAAUCGUAGCUUGCAUAGGCCUAUUGGCAUACAUGAAGCGAAGUCAAUGA